AUAUGAUAUCAAUGAAUGGAUGUAUUCCUUCUCUGCUUCCACUCGUUCUUUUAAUACUCUUCCUCUCGCAGCUCUCAAAGGCUACUAGUGUAGAUUUUGUUCAGUGCCUUGAACGUUAUGCAAAUAACUCGACUUCUAUUUCUCAGGUUACUUACACUCCUGACAACUCCUCCUAUACUGCCGUUCUGCAGUUCUCUAUUCGCAAUCUUCGACAUGCAUCGCUGCCUGAUUCUCAAAAGCCUGUAGUCAUUGUUACACCAGUCGAUGAAACACAAAUUCAAAUGGUCGUUAAUUGCUCACGAAGACAUGGAUUGCAAAUUAGAACCCGAAGCGGUGGUCAUGAUUUCGAAGGUCUUUCUUAUAGAACCACAAGUAAUAUUUCGUUUGUUUUACUUGAUAUGAUUAAUAUUCGGUCCGUGAAUGUUGACCUCGCAAAUGCAACUGCAUGGGUUGAAUCUGGUGCAACUAUUGGCGAACUUUACUAUGCCAUCUCACAAACAAGUGCAACACAUGCAUUUCCUGCUGGCGUUUGGUGUAAUGUUGGCGUUGGUGGACUAAUUAGCGGGGGAGGAUAUGGAAUGUUACGACGAAAGUAUGGUCUUGCUGCGGACAAUGUCAUUGAUGCUCGUAUGGUUGAUGUCAAUGGAAGAAUUCUUAACCGAACAUCGAUGGGAGAAGAUCUUUUUUGGGCAAUAAGAGGAGGAGGCGGUUCGAGUUUUGGAGUCAUUAUUUCAUGGAAGAUAAAACUAGUACAAGUUCCUGCCAUAGUAACCGUUUUCACAGUUGACAAAACACUCGAGCAGAAUGCCACUGGAAUUCUUCAUAAGUGGCAAUCUGUUGCUCCCAGUGUUGAUAAAGAACUCGACAUUAGAAUUCAGGGGACUUGUGUACUAAGCAAUACAAGUAAACGAGAAGAUAAAAAGACGAUACGAUUGACAUUCAUGUCCUUGUUCCUUGGUAGAAUUGACACACUGCUUCCAUUAAUGCAAAUAAGCUUCCCCGAGUUGGGAUUGACUAGAGAAAAUUGUUUGGAAAUGAGCUGGAUCCAGUCAGUGCUAUUUUUCACUAGCUUGCCACCAGGAGCUUCUCCUAGUGUCUUGACCAACAGAACCCUUUUACCAAAGUUUGCUACCAAAGCAAAAUCAAGCUAUUUGAAAGGAAUAUGGGAACUGAUGUUAUCGCGUGAUCCGGGAACAACUAUUGUUAUGUUGACACCAUAUGGAGGAAGAAUGAGUGAGAUAUCAGAGUCACAAAUUCCAUUUCCGCAUAGAGCUGGAAACUUGUAUAUGAUUUAUAUCGGAGUAUUUUGGGCCGGAGAUACUCAACAGGCACUGAACUGGAUUAGAAACUUGUAUAAUUAUUUGAAUCCGUAUGUGUUAAACUCCCCAAGGAGCUCAUAUGUGAAUUACAAUGAUCUGGAUUUAGGCAUUAAUAACCUCCAGGGUCCAACAAGUUACCAGCAAGCAAGCAUAUGGGGUAAAAAGUAUUUUAAAGAUAACUUUGACAGGCUGGUUCGUGUGAAGUUUAGUGCUGAUCCUACUAACUUUUUCAGGCACGAACAGAGCAUUCCUCCUAUUCCAUUGUAACUCUUUACUUAUACCAAAUCCAUAGAAUAUGUUCUCUAUUAUAUAAUGAUAAAUUGACAAUAAUAUUGUCAUUAAAAUAAAUUAUGGUGAUUAUAUAUAUUUCU